GCGGCACGAAAUCAGUCAUUGGCUGCCUGUGGCGUACCCGUCACUCAGCAGGACACCGUAAUGGCGUGGUUUAAGGCGCUCCUAUUCGCCCUUCCGACUUUUUUCAUCAUUGUGCGAAUGGUGAACAAGUGUAUAAAGCUGUCGCCUUGGGGUUGGGACGACACGACCAUCGUCAUAGCAUAUGCCGUACUAGCAGCUUUCCUUCCAGCAGCCUAUCUAGCUGAAGCAACUGGUGCAGGGAGGGAUAUCUGGGUUCUAUCAGAAGACCAAAUCACAUAUUUUCUUUUGGGAUGGCCGCAAUAUCAAUGCAUCUCUGCUUCCUCACCUCAUGGACUAUUCAUAAUAUUCGGCAUGCUAUAUAUGACCUGCCUAGCCUUCAUCAAGGCCUCGAUCAUAUUUCUAUACCUUCGAAUCUUUCCCGACGAAACGUUCCGCCGAGUCCUAUGGUGUACUCAGCUGUUCAACCUCCUUCUUUGGAUCGCUUUCAUCGCCGGUAUCUUUGGCUCUUGUCAGCCCUUGCACUUUUUCUGGCAUGGGUGGAAGAGGGAUAUGGAGGGCAAGUGCUUCAACUUGAACGCCUUCGCCAUCUGCCAUGGCGUGUUGAACGUGGCUCUAGAUGCCUGGAUGCUUGUCCUCCCUGCGACUCAAGUCUACUCGCUGAGAAUGCAACCCAAGAAGAAGUUGGGUGUGAUGCUGAUGUUCGGCGUCGGAGUAUUUCUCACCGCAGUCAGUGCCUAUCGCAUCAAGGCCCUUCUCAUUUUUGCGACAUCAUACAACGUCACAGCCGACUCGUUUCAAUGCUCUCUCUGGUCCCACAUCGAGCUAUGUGUUGGUAUCUUCGUGUCUUGUCUCCCAAGUACACGUCAAGUCUGGAGGAAACUGUUCCCCAAGAUCCUCGAAGUAACACACCUGUCUUCGAGAUCAGCUAGAAUGUCUAGGUCAGCAAAGGGUUCACACUCUGCCAGCCAAGCCUCGCGAUCGGCAGUGGACCCCAAUGACCGUUCACAAGUUUUGUCCUACGAGGAGUCUUCGAUAGCUCAUCUCGUUGGAGAUUUCAACAACAUCGACCUCAAUAACCUCAGCGAUGCGAGCCCGAUGGAGGCAGACCCUCCGAAGACGCCAAAGAACCACGUCGAAGUCCAACAUGGCCCUAUCUCCGGCAGUUCAAGAAGUAGUGAUGGGAUCAUGAGUCAGAAGGCUUGGGAUACAUGA